AUAAUUCCCAGGAUUGCGGUGGAGGGAGGGUUAUGCAAGUACUGCACAGUAACGAGGUAAACAGUUGACUGCAGCCGAAUCACCUACAACUGCAGUUAUUUAGUUCUUCAGAAAAUAUAAAGGGGAAGUGUGUGUUUUACGAGCCCCUGAGACUGAGAGGUAAGAGGCAGAUCUCCAGUGGCGACAGUUGAGGAGAGCAGCUCAGAUCAAGCAGGCAGGAUGCAGAAGGUUAUUCGCAUUGCAUAUCUAAUCUUGGUUCUGGACAUUACCUCUCUGUUUGCCCAGUUUUCCAUUACACCUUAUUUGGCAAAACGGCUGGGGUUCAAUACCAUCUGGUUUGGGUACCUGCAAACCACAGUAGGAAUAAUCCAGCUUUUGGGUGGACCUGUCUUUGGCAGGUUUGCGGAUCUGCAUGGCGCUCGCGCUGCCCUCACCCUGUCCAGCCUGUCUUCAGCUGUGUACUUUGUGAUUCUGGGCUGCUCCACUAAUGUGCCUCUUCUGUUCAUUUCCAAGCUGCCGGCCGUAUUCAUGCAUGGAAUGCCAGGUGUGCAGAUGGUUGUGACGGACCUGACUGAGCCAGGGAAUCGAGCCAGUGCUCUGGGGAGACUGGGGCUGUGCUUCGGAGUUGGCAUGAUCAUGGGCUCAUCGCUCGGGGGCACUCUCAGCACACGAUACGGGGAAUCCUUUGCAGCGUUUGUUGCAGCAGCAGGGAGUCUCCUCAACGCCGCUCUGGUGGUGAAAUUCAUUCCUGCCCACACCAAGAAACGGGCAGAAACAGAUAGUGCCACCGCCACGGACAAAAAUCUGGCGGUGGGAGCGGAAUCUGUGUUCAGCCUGAGUGACAUCACCGGGCUGAUGAGGUUCCCUGGAGUUCGGGAGAUGUUCACCAUCAAGAUCAUUUCAGGACUGCCUUCAGUUGUCUUCCAGGUUAUGUUCUCCAUCAUUGCCAUGAAUUUCUUCCAGCUUAAGGCUGAGCAGACAGGGUACCUUUUGUCCUACUUUGGGCUCGUCCAAAUGGUUAUGCAGGGUGGUGUCAUUGGAAGGUUGACGGGUAAAUAUUCUGAAAGAACGCUGCUCCUGCUGUCAAUAGGCACUGCUAGCAUUGUGGGUUUGGCUCAGGCACUGAUGACAAAUGUACAAGAGUUCUGUGCAGUUGUCAUACCAAUGAUGUUUUCUCUGUGUACAUUCAACGUCAUUACAGACACCAUCUUAACCAAGAGUGUUCCCUCUUCUUACUCUGGUACAAUGCUGGGGCUUUGUUCCUCAGUCCAGGCACUGCUCCGGACUGUUGGUCCAACCAUAGGAGGAUUUUUAUACCAGAAUUAUGGCGUCUUGUCAUUUGGUUACAUACAGUGUUCAGUCAAUCUGCUGCUCUUUCUCUACCUCUUGAAAAGCAACUUCAGAAAAACUGAAGAGUAUCAAAGUUGAAUGUUGAACCAUAUAACAAUUUGUUUAUGUGUAUAAUGUUCAUUAGCUCAAAAAGAAUUUAGUAUAAUUUAAGUACAUUGUGUUGGUCUUUGGAGUACCGAAACAUCAAAACAAGCUUACCACAAUGCUUUGUUCUCCCCAUAUGGUUUACCAUAAUAGCGACUGUAAUGUUUUAGGAUUUACCUAAACUUGAUAAUAUAUCUUUAUUUAAUUUCAUGCAUUUAUAUUAUAUAUACCUGCCAUCCUUACUAACUGUUUGUACAGUGUAACGCCAAAAUUUUUCCCCACAAACAGCCUUCAGGAGUAUUUCUGCUGGAAUAGUUUGUAAGCAUGGCAGAUCCAGAAUUUUAAAUAAGAAUUCAAUAUUGUAGCUGAGCCCAUUAACUGAGUUACCAGACUCCUAUUAGCUUUAUAAAGUAGUAUUUGAAAUAAGCAGUUUGGUUUUACUGGCAUCUUUCCAGAUUUAAAGUAAACCUGUUUGUCUGUAACUGCUCUUUUUAAAACCCACCAUUGAAACUGUUACCUGCAGUUUCAUUUCUGUAUCUGCAUCUAUGAUUCUAUUAUUCUGCUACAUUCCUGGAAAUGUGACUAGCUAUCAUCUGGGAGUAAUUAUCAUUUUAACAUAUAAAUAAGCACAUCACAUGUUGUUUUUAUAGAAACAAGCAGUAUGCUAUAAAAUCUAUUUCACAACAACAGGAAAGCAAACUGCUGUGAUUCACAACUUCUAAUAAUAUACAGAUGCAUGUCCAAUGACUCAGGAGUGCCCUUCACAGAUAGUAACGACGUCUAUCGAAACAGGCCUCUAACUGUUCAAAGCGACUGAGCCUGGUGAUUCCGAUAAUUAAAUUAUUGAUUAGAGGCUUUAACUUUGAUUGCAACAUUCUCUCUCACACGCUCUUUUGCCUCAGUCUGCUUUUUAAAAUGAAGCCAUACAGCUGUUUUCUCCCUUAACAGAGUGGAAAAUUAACGUAAAUAUUGAAGAUUUAACAAAUUGUCGAUAUUAUCACACUAAAUUGAAUAUUGUUCCUACCCUACCUGAGCUAAUGACAAAGUUUGACCCAACAGUGAUUAAGAGGUCUUUUUAAAUAGCCCUCUGACUACCGCGCAAAUAGAAUGUUUGUGUUCCUGCUUUGCUGUGGUAAAAAUGGCUCUUCUAUAUCAUUCUGUUGAAAACAUUCGGAGAUGCUCAAAUGACCAAAGGCACUGAAAAUGUUAAACAAACCUAUCUCUAUACGAAGGUCCCAAGCCAAUGAGGUAACCAAUUAACGCAAGAGGAAGUCUUUUAAGACCAGUUUUCACUUCUUAAACACACCACAAAAACACAAUUUCAACAGGAAGCAGUGAUAUUAAAAACCGAGCAGAAAACCCACCUAAAUCUGUGUUCUUUAAUGCCCUCCAGAUUUUAUUUUGUAGCUUAACAACACAGUCACCCUCAUGUUUGAAGAUAGUAAUUUUGUAAUAUCUUCAAACUACUUAACGUACCAUGAAAGUACCUAGUAAUUAGUUGUUUAGAAGACUGUGGUUAUUUAAACUUACAGUACUAGUCCAAGUCAUUUUUAGUGCAACAUAUCCUGGCCAUGUAUUUUUUUUAAUAGAUGGUGGUUAAUAGCUGCAGUGCUUCACGUUUAUUUCAAUCCCUCACUGAUUCUUUCAAAGACUGCUUUAAUCUGCUUUCUUUUGAUCAGCUGGCGGUCAGGUAGCUAUUCAAAGCUUGCACAUCAGUCAAAGAAGAUAAUGUUAGUUUAAUUUGUUCCUCCAGGGCAUUUUAGAUUCUUCAACGUGUGUGUUUUGGGUGGGGGAUAUCAUUAAAGGGCUUCUACUGUAUACACACAGUACAAAAGUAAUAUAGAUCCACCUCCACUGCAUAUCCUGGUCAAUUACAAUUUUAAAAAGACUUUUACCAUGUAUUAUAAAAUGUAUAAUAAUCAUACAAUUGGGGACCAUUGUCAUACUUUCUAAAUUUCCCUACAGAGUUUGAAUAACAUGACCUCAAAAAUAAUUAACUGUGUCAUGAUGACUGAUAUUGGCAUAAGAAAUACAGUAUGUGUAUGCACGACCACUUAUAGAAUAAGUGAAACAUUUAGAGGGGUAGGGAAACCGAGCGGGCAGACAAUGUGUUACAUUAAGAGUAAGGACUGCUGGCAGCGGCCGGUCCGCAAUACAAUGUAACCUCAUCAUCCACCUACUGCCCAUUAGACUCUUGAAAGCCUUGAAAACUUCUGUUCACAUUUUCUCAGCUGGUCUGAUUGUGGACAGGCAAGUUUGGAAGAAUGGGCGUCGCCUUUUACUGUAGCAUAGGAACAUGAAUCCUGUGCAACAGGAAAUACUGACAAACACAAAGGAAACCCAAAGCCAACCAGCUCUUAAGUCAUUUUGUGAAAUCUGAAGCAAAAUGCAUGAAUUCUAUUAUAUUUUUAAAUACAAAUCCUAUAUGCAUUUGGUUUAAAUGCACAAGAGUCAAAGGUUAAUAAUCCUGAAGUGUAUUUCAGAUAAAUUGAUGAGGUACAGCGACUGUCCUCAUUUAGACCUGGUGGUUUUCAGCCUCAGACACACCCUUUUAAUUACUUCCACAUUCUCUACUAAAACACUGGAGGCAUGGCAACAAUCAGACAGGAAUGUAUCACAGCUGUAAUACUUCUCAGGUAGAGAACUGCUUUCAAAGGCUUUACCACACCAAGAAAAGUCUUAUCAAACUCGCUAUCACAAGAAGAAUGAGUCACUUAACAAUGGGCAAGGUUAGAACUCUGAUAAGACCUGUAAAAGUGUAACUCAUUGUGACUCAAUGGCAUCGGUACUCUGUCUUUACAUGCUGUAACAAGCGCACCUCAAUACUGACCUGAAAAACCCCCUGCCCUGUACUUCAUCUUCACAAACAUUGUAUGGUUACUUUGUGAUGUGCAAUAAAUUGUCUAAAGCAAAAAAUCACUUUCAAUGGUGCACAUUGAUAUUGUAUGUCUACAUUCGAGGCUCCACUUUCCACAUGUAUAAAUAAUACAGAUGAACCUCAAACUAAAAUAACUAAUGUAGUAUUGUAUAUAAUAUAGGAAGUUGUUUCUCAAUUUUCUAGCAGGUAGAGGUACACCUUAGUCAGACUGUUGUAGGUGUAAAACAUGAGACCGAUUGAAUACGUUCUUUCUUCAGAAUAAAAUAAAAACGGUGUAGGAGUCACUGAACGAACAUCUAGGGUGUAGUCAUAUAGAGUUCUGACAAAUUAAAAGCAUUUCACUUUGAAAAGAGAAAAAGCUUUGCAAAUUACUAUU